AUGACUCAUCACGACCUGGACGGCACCGAACCAACUGGCAUGCAAGAUAAUCAACCCUUGUGGCAGUGUGCCACCUGUCAAGUGCAGUUUUUGCGCCGCUCGGACCACGUCAAAUACCACCUCAUGUCCCACUUGGACGUGCGCCCAUAUGAAUGUGAAUCGUGUGGGAAGCGCUAUCGCCAGCAAUACUCGCUCCAACGCCACCAGAGCAAGAUGAAGCACUCUGGUAUUAAGGAGCAUGAAUUUGAUCUUGAAGCCCUCGUGCAUGAGAAGCAACAGUCAGGCAGCCCGAUUCCCAAGGCUCGGGAACGCCGACCCAACCGUAGUCUCUCAGACGCUGACGAGACCACUUCCAAUCCUGAUCACGAUACCAGCCAUUCAUCUGCUUUGGCCAUGCUCACAAAAGCAGCCGCUGCUACAAACCCCGCCUGGGCCUCGCCUCAGCAUGGCAUUAGCAGUCACACCCCACCUCUGCCCUCGCACCGUCACCAUGGAUCGGGUUCCGAUGACAGUGGGCUCCCUGCUUCCAAACGCAGCAAACCGGGGUCUUUCUCUGAUUCUUCACGAAACGAAGAGUCCAUUCGAAGCGCCGGCUUGGCUCCCUCGCACGGGCUCGAUGCAGCACAUCUUGCUCAAGGUCUCGUGCAACCUGCUGGCAACGCCGAUGCUGGCACCGCAGCUGCAGCUGCAGCCGCCAUGGCCGGUGGUGCAAUGCCACCCUGGUUGUCCAACUCCCCCGCUCUGAUCAACGCCCAGUCACAGAUGCAAGCCGCCCAGAUGCAGGCGCAGUUUAUGACCAUGAUGAUGAUGCAGCAAGCCUUGGUCAAUAACAUGGCCAACAUCCAGCCAAACUCCUUGGCCAUGACCAGCGCCUCAUACGUGCCCCCGGCCUUUUUCAAUAACCUGCCCCACAUGGCCAACACGGGCAACCUGCCCUCCCACCCGGCCUCGACCCUCGGUCUAGCCUCACAAGUUGGCCUCAAGAGUGAACCCACCUUCACCCCCAAUCUGAGUGGAACCUCCAUGCCCGCAAAUUAUGAGCGGCAGUCAGUCACACAGUCCAGCGGUGGCAUAUAG